AUGGCUCCUCUACCUCCUGUCCACAAGCGGCUCAUCGUCUGUUGCGAUGGGACGUGGAUGAAUAGCGACAACGGCUAUGAAGAGCCGACUCUGGAGCACCCUCAGGGGAUGCUGCAAGUGCCGUCGAAUGUAACUCGAAUUAGCCGAUGCUUCAGGAGGCGAUGCAACGAUGGCACGCUGCAAGUCAUGUUUUAUGAAUCCGGAGUAGGGACUGGUAGUAAUGCCAUUGACACCCUCACUGGCGGUGCAUUUGGCCUGGGUCUCUCUGAACGAGUCCGCGAAGCGUACUCAUACUUGUGCGCCAACCAUAUGGAUGGUGACGAAAUAUUUCUUGUCGGGUUUUCUCGAGGGGCCUUUACAGCUCGAUCAGUUGCGGGCAUGGUCGGUAACCUAGGCCUUCUCACCAGAGAGGGCUUGGAGUACUUUUAUCCCAUCUUCAAGGACAUGGAGAACUGGAACAAUGACAAAUAUGAUGAUGAAUUUCCAGGACAGCCAUUUCCCAACAAGCCUAAAGGACCAAAUGCAGCUGAAGUAUACCGAAAAAGGCUUGAGGAGUUGGGAUAUACUCGCGUGUACCAGGAGAAUGGCGAGUUGAUCAAGAUCAAGGCCGUCUGCGUUUGGGACACUGUUGGUAGCCUGGGUAUCCCCAAGGUUUCUUGCACAUACAAAUGGCAUGACACAUCGUUGUCGGAUCGCAUAGAACAUGCCUUCCAGGCACUUGCUCUGGAUGAAACCCGCGCUCCAUUUUCCCCUGCUGUCUGGGAGCGUCUGCCAGAGAAUAGGUUGACCACCGAUCUUAGACAAGUCUGGUUCCCAGGAAACCAUGCAAACUGUGGUGGUGGUUGGCCAGACCAAGAAGCCGCCGACGCUUCACUUGCUUGGAUGAUGGACCAGAUGGCAUCUGUAGGAGUCGAGUUCGACCUGUCAUGCCUUGAGAGAGUCGCACAGAAGACCAUCGGCUACUACAAAAACCUGCCAACUACGAAGAAGAAGAGUUUAAAAUGGGCAGUUGACCCAAUCUAUUCAAGCAACCAACCGGUGCGGCCCUGGGCACUUGGCGCCAUCAACAAGGCCGGCAGCUUCAUAUACAAGCUCUCAGGAUUCGAAGAUAGGACGCCGGGGUUGUAUAAGCGAACCGAUCCAAAGACGGACCGUGACACCAACAUUUUCUUGCAAGACACCAACGAGCGCAUUCAUAGCUCUGCCAGAGUCAGACUUGCUUGCAAGGGCCUUGGUUUGGACGAUAAAUCCGUUUGGACCUGCCCAUCACUCUCCAAUUGGCAGUUGAAGCAUACGAAUGAAACAUUUGAAGACCCGAUUCCUCAUAACCCAAGCUGGUGGCAAGGCCCACCCGACGCAUCUGGAGUCGAUAAGCAGCAGAACGGAAGAUGGAUCUGGGAGUAUACAGGACCAGCAGGCUCUGCACCCACGGAUCCCAAGCAGAGGAUCAUGGUGGAGGAGCCGUUGGGGCCAUAUGAACGAUAUCUCCUUCAACUAUUAGAGGGGAACCCAAACGUUUACCUGUUUGCGGAGACUCAAGAUAUCGUUUGGCAGGGGAAGAAGAUUCCAGCUCUGAGGACUGGAAAGGACUGAGCCUGUCGAAGAGUUGCAAUUUGGAGGUUGGCGAUUUAAUGUGGAGGUAACAAGGUUUGUUAAUAUUGUAGCGUAUUUCAUCAAUAGGUACCUAGGGUAUUGGGAUAUUAUAUGGGAUUGGAUUUAGGAAAAGGAGCAUUUUAUAGAUGUGAAUGAAUCUACCCACCAGGUAUAAAUUG